GAGUGAAGGGGAUACUACUGAUUAACCCUACACCGGCCACCACCAGUCACACAACACAACAAUUUAGGAUUGGUAGAGCCCAUCUCUGAGCCCUGCCUUGCUGGCCCUGAGCUCUCUCUUGCUGCUUCUUUUAAUGGGUUUUUUGUCUCCUUGGAUUUGUGCUUGUGCUCACCUGGGCGUGGAGUUCUCUGCAUGAGAGAGAGAGAGAGAGAGAGAGAGAGAGAGAGAGAGAGAGAGAGAGAGAGAGGACACCUCUGAGCUGUUUCUUCAACAAGUCUUCAAGAUUUGGCAGAGCUACUGAGAGAGAGCAAAGGAGAGGAGGGCUAUAGGGAAAAAAGUAUUUUUUUUUUGGGGGUACAAAUUUCUUGCUUGAUUCUCUUCGAUCCCGGAGAGCAGCCACCAGUUGAGGCACAAUCCUUGCUGUUCGUGUGCCUGGGUUUGAUAGCUGUCCAGAUCUGCGGCACUUGCCCGAUAGAUUCCAAGAAUCCGAGCACAAACUCUCGUUUGCUGCGAAAAGUGGCUUCGAUUGCCCUUGCAUGAUCUAAUUCUCGGAUGAUGCCGCGUGAUACGAGUUAUUGGGAUGAAAUAGUAGGUGGAAUAAGUUGAGCAAUACGGUGGAGAUAAGAGAGAUAGCUUGUGUCUCGUGAUGCCAUCAAGAAACUGCGUGGAGGAGGAGGAGAGUGUGAGAUGAAGGAUGCUGGCCGCGGUGAUGGACUACUUCAGGUCCUGCUGGGGCCCGCGAUCUCCGGCCGGUCACCGGGUCAGGGGCUCCGACGUCGCCGGCCGGCAAGACGGGCUCCUGUGGUAUAAGGACGCCGGCCAGCUGGUCACCGGGGAGUUCUCCAUGGCUGUGGUUCAGGCCAACAACCUGCUGGAGGACCAGAGCCAGGUGGAGUCCGGCGCGCUCUCCAUGGCCGAGCCCGGCCCUCAGGGCACCUUCAUCGGCGUCUAUGAUGGCCACGGCGGCCCGGAGACGGCGCGGUUCAUCAAUGACCACAUGUUCCACCAUCUCAGGAGAUUUGCAACUGAGCACAAGUGCAUGUCAACCGAUGUGAUUCGGAAAGCUUUCCAAGCAACUGAGGAGGGCUUCCUUUCUCUAGUCAGUAAGCAAUGGUCCUUGAAGCCUCAGAUUGCAGCAGUAGGAUCUUGCUGCCUAGUUGGUGUUAUUUGCUCAGGGACUCUCUAUGUUGCGAACCUUGGAGAUUCGCGUGCUGUUCUUGGGAGAUUUGUCAAGUCCACUGGGGAAGUUGUGGCAACGCAGCUAUCAUCAGAACACAACGCGUGCUAUGAGGAAGUUAGACAAGAAUUGCAGGCAUCACAUCCUGAUGAUCCACAAAUUGUUGUCCUAAAACACAAUGUUUGGCGUGUCAAGGGCCUCAUCCAGAUCUCAAGAUCUAUUGGCGAUGUAUAUCUAAAAAGACCAGAAUAUAACAGAGAACCUCUUCACAGCAAGUUUCGACUUCGGGAAACCUUCAAAAGGCCGAUUCUUAGUUCUGAACCUGCAAUUGCUGUACACCAAAUACAACCAAAUGAUCAUUUUGUUAUAUUUGCUUCUGAUGGUCUAUGGGAGCACCUCAGUAAUCAGGAAGCAGUUGACCUUGUCCAAAAUAAUCCUCGUAAUGGGAUUGCUCGAAGACUAGUUAAAGUCGCAAUGCAAGAAGCAGCCAAGAAGAGGGAGAUGAGAUACUCAGACCUCAAGAAAAUUGAUCGUGGCGUGAGGCGUCAUUUCCACGACGAUAUAACCGUCAUUGUGGUGUUUCUUGAUUCGAAUGCCAUAAGCAAAGCAAACUGGAGCCGAGGUCCUUCUGUUUCCCUGAGAGGGGGUGGUGUCACCCUCCCUGCAAAUUCCCUUGCGCCUUUCUCAACUCCCACGGUGUUAAGCAGCACCUAUUGAAGGAGCUAUACUGCAAAGAACAUGAACAUCUACAGUAACACAGAUGGAGGUGAAAGCAGCUGCCGUUAUCAACUGUACUGUACUCCUUCUGUGUUGCUCUUAUGAAACUGUUUAGACCCCACCUGGUAAUUAGUGUACUGAUAGCGAGGUAUAAGAUUAGAUUAUUCCUUAGCAACGCAAUCUUUUUUUUCUUUUCUUUUUCUUUUUCCUUCUUUAUUCUUAUCCUUUCUCUUACCCACGAGAGAACAGGUGGUUGUAAAUUGCCCAGAACACCUUUUUCGUAAUAGUCCAUCAUAUCCCCUUUUUUCGUGUUGAUAAUGAAGGCAUUGCUAAAAGUUUUAA